UGUAAUUAUUAGAAAUGCUGUUUGACAUUGGUCCCCAAAAGCGCUCUUUUAAACUAAAGGACACUAAAACCUUCAUCAAAAUUGUAUUUUGCAAGAGAGCACAACAGGAUUUUUAGCGUUGCAGCGCCAUUGACAUCCAGGAAGCGGACUGGUUUUACUUCCAGUGCACAUGAAACGAAUACAAACGAAACACAGCGUUCGUUGUGAAUUUGGGUGACGUCAAGAAUAUCGCAAUUUCUAUACACUUCAAUGGCUGUUUAUUAUUUUAUUAUAACAAUUGGAAUAUUUGCAUUAAGAGUGCUCGCGGAUGAUGAAGAAUCAACUUGCGGCGAUCGCAUGAAAAGGCUGCGUGAAUUUUACUGCGUUUCAAACUGCAUUGGGCUCUCAAGUCCUGAGAAGGAUCAAUCAGCAAUGCUUGCGGGACGCACAAAAGCAGUUAACGUAGGCUUCAACUGCAGCAUUCAGGAAUUUUCAGGCCCGAAGGUUGGGGUUUGCUGCCAAAGUUUUCCAAAUUUGGCCCUCUCUGAAGCUCCAGUUCGCGCUGACUGCGUGAAAAAGAAUAAUGGUCUUAAGGCAUCUGAGUUAGAAAUUGCUCACAAUGAAUACAUUUUCAACAAAUGGCAAGGAGAUGCAAAUACUAUUGAAAUCGAAAAGGCUGCGAAAGUCAACAAUUUAGACAAAUUGUUUCAAUACAUGGAAUGCAUCUUUCUUGGUGAAAUAGCACAAGCGAAAUUUAAGCUUAUGACUCCAGACGGAAAAAUCGACGGAGACAAAACCGAUGCGGCAUUUAAGGCCGCACUACCGCCUUCUGCCCCAAAGCCCUACAUCGACCUAUUUACGAAAGCAGUGGCUAACUGCACAAGCAGCGUCCAAUUGACAUUUCCCGCGAGCGCUAUCAAAGUGGGUGACAAGACAGUUCAAGCCGCUCCUUUCCUGAUCACGCAAUGCUUGCGAAAAUGGAUCAUUCUGGAAUGUCCAAACGCCGGCACUACCGUCAGUAAAGCGUGCCAAGACACUAAAAAUAAUGUUAGAGGCUGCGAUUUUUAUCUUUAAAGUGUUAUUGGAAUCUGGGAUAUAAACUGAGUGGUUCUUUGUUAUUAAAUAAAUACAAAAAAAUAAACGUAUCAAUCAAUAAUUCAUGGAGUUU